CCCGCGCCACUCGCACCAACCACUGCCGCGCGGUGCUCACGAUCGCACACCACCGCUGCUCAACUCGGGACAAACUUUUCCCAAAUAUAAAAUGAUCAAACCGUGAUUCAGGAAAAGAUUUGGUUUGAAAAUAAAUUGCCAGUAUAAAUAUUUCCUAAACUUUUCAGUGCGUAUAAACAGUGAGUGAGUUAGAGAAAGCCGUCGCAGAUUUUCCGCCCAAGGAUGUCGAGGCACGUGCUUCUGUCACGUUUGGCGGAGCAGUUCCAGCCGUCGCACCCGCCGCCCGCGCACAGCUACCCCUCCCCCGAGAGGAGCAUCUCUCCCCACUCCCCGCACUCCGCGCCCUCACCCCGGUCCUCCCCGCACUCGCCCGAUCUCGCCCAUCAUCGCCUGGACCUGCUACAACUCGGAGAUAUUGAAAUUGCUGGGAGAGCACUCAAGCAGUAUGCUCGAGCUACUGAGCUGGGAGCACUGAUGUACUGCAGCGGCCUGGGGGCCCUGUACGGCGGCGCAGGAGUGUGGCCGCUUCUCAUGCCGCGCGGCUCGCCGCUUGCGCGCGCGCACCUCGACCACGCCAGAAACACGCCGCCCCGAGAUGACGACGAGGAGCUGCCGCUUAACCUAUCGACGAAGAACCGCCAGAUUUGGUCGCCUGGUAGCGCGUGUGAGCGUGAACGAGGCGCCAGCGAGGUGGACGAGGCGGGCGAGACAUGUGCGCAGUCACCAGGCUCGCGCUGGGACGAGGAGGAGCCCGAGCUGCUGGAGCCGCUGGAGCUGGUGAAGCGCAGCCCCGAGCGUGCGCGUAGCGCCGAGACUCGCCGCUGUGUUUCCGCGCCCGAGCACCCCGCCGCGCCCUACCCGCCACCACCACCCAAUGGCGACCUCGGCUUCUCCCUGCUUCUCAAGAACGAGAACAGAAAUGAAAAGUCCUUUCAGUGCAAGCAAUGCGGCAAGUGCUUCAAGCGGUCGAGCACGCUGUCGACACAUCUCCUCAUCCACUCGGACACGAGGCCCUAUCCCUGCCAGUACUGCGGGAAACGCUUCCACCAGAAGUCCGACAUGAAGAAGCAUACCUACAUACACACAGGUGAGAAGCCGCACAAGUGCGUGGUGUGCUCGAAGGCGUUCAGCCAGAGUUCGAACCUGAUCACGCACAUGCGCAAGCACACCGGCUACAAGCCCUUCUCGUGCGGGCUGUGUGACAAGGCGUUCCAGCGCAAGGUAGACCUGCGCCGGCACCGAGACUCGCAGCACGCCGACGCCGACGCCCCCGCUUCGCUAGCGCCCCCGCUCCGCUACCGCUACUACAGAGAUGAGGCCGCGCCCCUCGCUCCGCUCAUCACUAACUGAGCAGGCACCCGUAAAACCAGCCUAUUUAGCAGCCGCCCAGGAGUGCUGUAUGUGUGAUUGAAAUAUUAUCGUGUAUGCAACUUACCUUGUGGUGAUAAUUAUAAAACACGUGUUGAAUCUAAGUCAAGUCCUGCUUACCAUGCCUGGCUGCUGGAUUACCUGUUAAUUUGGUGUUUGUUACGAAUGGGAUAAACUAAUCCAUUUUAGCCAUUCUAGAGCGUGUCAGUUGUACUACAAUUAUUUAUUAUGUAACCAAAGAUUUAAAAGUAUGGAGCAUAAGCAAAAUACCUAUUUGUAGGGUUUAUUCGAAGUACGCGAUUUAAAACACACGUUCUUUGAAUAUUAGGUACAAAUUAUAUAUCCACCUAAUACGUACCAUCGUAGUUUACCCGAUUUGAAAAACAACUUAUUUACCAUUACCAGACAUGGAAGAGGGCAAGGAAAAGAGAAAAUGUUACAAUUAAUGAACUGUUUGAAGAAAAAUUAGUGUUACCUUUAUCGUGCCUUAGCAUCAAAAUGUUGCACUGAUAGAAAUUAAUAACCGAAAGUUACUUAAGUACUUAAAUCGUUCGUUAGACGAUUGUUACGUUAUGUGAAGACACAGGCAUUACCAGUAUCCGUCCGUUUCUACCGUGAUAAAUACGUAGGUACUUAUUUAUUUAUAAGAAUUACUUAUGGCAAACAAUGUCAGUUUGGUAGCACCAAGCGGGCAUCCUACCAUGUAAAUGUAUUUAUAGUCUAAUGCAAACCAAAGUGAAGUGUCUUAUUUUAGUCGAGUGUGAAACGCUUUAUUUAUAUAAAAUGUACACUUACAUAUAAGUAGCUACUAACAAUUACUUUACUUACUUACUUUAUAUUUUAAGUUACGCUUAAUAAUGUGGAACUAGCCUAUCGAAUUAUGAUUGUGGUUUUCAUCGCCAGUUUCCGUUUAGAUAUACCUACUAUUUGUAAAUAAAUAUUAGACCUAUUUUAUGAAAUUUACACGAUUAUUGUACACUACGUAGUGUAGACAUAUCUUAAGCUUGAUGUACACAGAACCGGGAAAGCGGGACAAGCAAGGGGCAAACACCCUCGUGUUCGUGUAACUCGGUUUCUAUCUUGAGAGAUAGAAACCUACCUAUCCUAUGACUGACUAAAAUUUCAAUGAAUUUACACUUGUCAAUAAAAAAAAAUCACACAAAGGAUAGGAUUUCCAUAGCGUAGAAACUGAGUUACACUAUUAGACCUCAGGCCAGAGCUUGAAAUUUUCGAUUUUUAGGUUUCAUACAAAAACUGGUGAGGGUUGAUGUUGAGGUUGAUCAACCGCUUAUCCCGCAUUUCUGGUAAGGUAAGGCAAUUAACCAAAAUUUUGCGUUACCAGUUAAUAUUUUGUGUUGGCCUGUUACCAGUAUUUUCAGAAAAUCGACAACUAUGAGAGCUUCGUGAAUAUUUUUGAAAUUAAUACCAAUAUUGUUUCUCCAAUGACGGUCAAAGUCGGCGGAAUUUCAAAAAAAGUGUACUUAAUCGAAAUUUAAAAUUACAACGAGUAAUUAAAGUGUUAUCUAUGUGUGCUAUGUAAAAAACUUUGUGCCUUUAUGUGUAAAUAGGAGUAGAUUUCUGCAAUACGCUUUUCUUAUAAAGGGAUGUGAUGUCGGGAUGGAAACCAUACGUGAAGACUAACGGCUAGAACACCAAAGAGUACAAGCUAAUUAUCACCGGCUUUACCGCGGACUACGAACUAAUGUGGUGCUGCAUUACAAUGAAGAUAUAUACGCUAUCCCAUGUUGAAAAAGAGUCUCGGUUAAUAUCUGUAUAAUUAUGUAUACAUCGAUGAAAUCAAGCCACUGAUCGCUGAUUUCAUGAAAUUAAUGUCGCAGAUUUGGGCACCAUUCAAGUUUAAAAGGAUAUUUUUCCUAUUUACUUAAUUUUAAGCUCCGUCCGUCUAAGUUAAACCGUGCCUAUAAUAAACUAAUGUAUUUAGUUUGAACCCACGGCCGCUGUACCUACGACUGAAUAAAAAGAUGUUUCACCAGUCAUUUCAUUUGAUCGGCUGGAUAUAAAGUUACGGUAUAACCGUUUUCUCUAAAACUUGAAAAAUAAAUGUGUGAAAAUAAUAUAAUUACGCAGACACGGACUGUUUGCCCUGUCUGUCACCUAUAUUUUUUGACGGUACAAAGUUUCGUCAAGUCAAUAGAUUUUGUAAGUUUAAUUUUAAGUUGUAAUUUAUU